AUGGCGCGGAACGAAGGAUAUCAAAAUGUUAUUCUAGAAAGUGAUUCAUCCAGUGCAAUCACUAUGCUCACUUCAGGAAGUGCAGCAGUCUGUGAGAUUCAUCUUGUAUCUCGCAUACGGACAUGUCUUAAAAAGGAUUGGAUUGUGCGGCUUCAUCGUACAUAUAAAGAAGGGAACAUGUGUUCAGAUUGGCUGACUAACUUUAUUUUGGAUGAGGGAGAUCUAGCUGAUCAAGUGGCUUUUCAGGAACCUCUAGGUGGAAUUCAUUUCCUGUAUUUGGCUGACAUCGUUACUGUUGGAAGGGAUCGUGCUGUUAGUUAUUUUUAA